AUGGCAAAGGUUUUGGGACUUGAAACGUUUCAAGGAGACAUAUAUUCUUAUAAACGAGAUGGUAAUGAAUAUUUUCAUAAAUCUUAUCAAUAUGCAAAAAGUUCAUAUCGUGAUAUCAAAGAUAUGAAUCCCAAAUUUGUACUGUAUCCGAAAACAAAAGAUGGCAAUGAAGACGAUUUUGAUGAUAUUUAUUUGGCGUUAAAAUACGCUCAAAAAUAUAAUUUGAAAAUUGCUAUUCGUACAGGUGGGCAUCAAUAUUCCGGUGCGUCUUCUACCGAUCGUAAUAACCUACAAUUAGAUUUAUCUAAUACGUAUAGAAAAUUUGAGUGGAUCGAUAAAGAUAAAACUAAAUUAGAAGUCGGAAUUAGUUACUCAUUAAAGGAAUUUGUGGAUAAAUUAACAGCUGAAGGAAGGUUCUUACCGUCAGGUCAAUGUGAAUAUGUAGGUUUGGGAGGACAUAUACAAACUGGUGGUUAUGGGCAACUCGCAAGGGGUUUUGGAGACGAAUUAUUUCGUGCUGUCAUUGGUGGUAGUCCAGGUAAUUUCGGUGUAAUUACACACGUUAGGUUAACGGUUUUAAAGGAUAGCGAUUAUCCAAAAUCUUAUGGAUUAUUUGCAAUUUGUGCUUAUGAUCCUAAUAUUUUAAAAGAACUAUUGGAUAUAAUGUUAGAAACCGAAACCGUCAACGUAGAUAAUUUUGAUUAUUGUAUUACAUUCUCAUCUGACUCAGGUUCGGACCAAGGCCUGGACCAUGGAGAAGAUGAUGAUCCGUCAUAUGACGAAACAUAUAAUCGAGAAGCAUAUACUAGAAGUGAUAGUAAAGAUAGGAUUAUUUGGCCAGAUAUGAUCCUCAUACACGCUUAUCAAUAUAAAGGAUACGACGAAGCAACUUCUCCAAUUAGAAAAAUAAGAGAUAUUAUAAAUAAAGUAAAUGAAGAAAAACGGAAGAUUAUAUUAGACAAUUAUUUUAAUGUUUCACUAUUAGUUGAAUAUUGGAUUAUUCUUAUCAGAAGAGAAUUUCAAUUACAAUAUAUAAAGCGUGGUUAUGUUUCCGAUUGGAAACCAAAAAAGUUAAAGGAUGCUAAUUGGUCCGACUGGAUUGUAAAACGUAUUAACAUAGCAAUAUGUAAAAAAUUAAAAGUUUCAGCUCAAUUCAAAUAUUUUGGUGGUGAAAAUUCCGAAUUUUAUAAGAAAGGCCUAGAAAAUAAGGAUAAAGCAUCUCUUAGUUGGCGAGAUAUGAAUUUUGGUGUUUCCUUUGACACAUUUUUCGAAAAAGAUUUACUUCAUUUAGCAAGCGAAUGGCAAAGAGAAAAUGAUAAAUGUAUUUCGGUAAAUAAUCCCACAUUUUGUGAUAAAGAUAUGCGUUUGCUGUGGGCUUCUUAUGACUUAAAUCUCGAUUAUUUUCAUGAUCGUUAUUAUGAUACUGAAAAAAAAUAUACAGAUUUAUGUUAUUUAAGAGAGAAAUAUGAUCCUAAAAAAAUUUUUAUUCCUAAUGAUUUUUGUGUUGGUGUAAAGAAUGAAGUGUCGGAAAAAGAAUUAAAAGAUAAAUUAGCCGAGAAUAGUGAUAAAUUUGACGAUUUGUUAAAAGAUGGUAGUUUUACUCCGAUUUGGAAAAGAUUUGAACGAAAAUAA